GGUCUGGAGGCAGCGGGGGAUCGGAGGAGAAAGCCGAUGUUUACUUCGUGACUUGCCGAAGAGCAGACGAGAUAUCUCGCCGAGGUGUGACGAGAAAAAUGAUUCGCACGAUGAGAAAAUGAAAAUGUUUUGAUUCAUUUUUGACUGAACGUACUUCGCAACUUUUCAUCUCCAGGAACAAACACACUUGGGUGUCGUGAGUCAUGGGAAGCUUCAAAGGCCACGCGCUCCCUGGAAGCUUCUUUCUGGUCGCUGGGAUCUGGUGGAUAGGAAAGCACUCGCUCUCGUACGCCACCCGGAGGAACAAGAGCAUCGGUUCCACCCGGCUGGCCAGCAGAGCCUCGCAGCGCCGCCUGGAGAUCAUAGAAAGCUCUGUCGUACUCUUCUUCUCGUUUUUUGGGAUGGUGGCAGAGCAGUUUUUGGCAGAUGGACCCAAACUCCAGCUGUACGACUUUGCAGAGAAACACUGGGAAGAUCUGAUGAACUGGCAGCACGCCACCAUGUAUCUGUUCUUUGGCCUGUCUGCGGCCGUGUCUCUGAUCAUCCACACCACAGAGGCUGCUCCGCUGGCGCUGGACAGGUUGAUGCUGGCUAUUGCUUUCUUUAAUGAAGGAUUUCUUUUCCUCUACCACCUCCAUGGCAGGAGUAUGCUGGACGUCCAUGUACAUCAGCUCCUUCUCUAUGCCAUCUUCGGUGAUGCUUUUGUUGCCUUCCUGGAGGUCUUCCACCGAGGUAACAUCCUCCUGGAGCUGCUGCGCUGCACCCUCACUCUCCUGCAGGGAAGCUGGUUCUGGCAGAUCGGUUUUGUGCUGUACCCUCCUCAUGGCCCUGAGUGGGACCUGAACGAUCAUAACAAUAUGAUGUUCAUCACCAUGUGUUACUCCUGGCACCUCGCCUUCGCCAUGCUCGUCGUGAGCGUGCUCUACUGCACCGUCAGCUGCGUGGUUCGCUCCAGAUUGAAGCGGACUCCUCCAAUGGAAAUGGGACUUCUCAAGCCCAGGGAGAGGGAUCCAGAGUCAGAGGAUGAGAUUUUAUGAAGAGGAUUGUUCUGCACCUACAUUGUGACUCAUGUAUAUCACAAAUAAAUCAGGGAUAUGAUGUUUGCAGUUCAAGCAGCAGUACGACUAUCAGAAAUAAUCAAUAUUUAUAUGAAACUUUAAAUUUAACUUGCGCCACCCUUCACAAAGGGAAAACAAAAGCCAAUUGAUUAAUUCAGCCUCUUUUUUUUAUGUUGCUCUUAUUCUUGACUCAUGUGCAGUGGCCUUAAUUCUUCAUACACACAAAGUCACGUGACUAUUGCUUUCUAAAGAAAGGUUUAUUAAACUACCAACAACACACAACUAAUACCUAUGAAACAACUAAUGAAUGCAUGAAUGAAGUCAUGAAUACACUGACAGACAGUUAGUGACUGAAUGAGGACCAGUAUAUAGCAGCUACAGCAGUGAAUGACAGUGAUGACGCAGGAGAGCACUGAGUGGGUGCAAACUUUAGCAUUAACCAGUGAAAUUGCUUUAAUGCACCGUUCAGCAGGUAAGAGGCUGUUGGGAAGCACCAAUAAAAUGCUCAAAGCAAUUUCGUAUUCUUACUAUAUUGAUGGGGGACCCUACUUUUGAGUUAAUACUAACAUCAACCCCACUAUCACAGGAAGUGUUAAGUUUCACCUGGUGGUGCAGAUGGUCAGGAGAGAAGUAGUGCCUUUCCUUUUACUGUGGCCUAGUACGUUUCAUAAAUUCUGUCAUAUCAUUGUUUCAUCAUUCAUUUGCACUCGCGGUAUAAGUGAACGUGAACUCAUAAGGGAAAGCUUUUUUAAGGAUCGCAUGCUUUUCAUUUGACUUGCCAAACUUGUCCUUAUCAGACGAUUUGGUGUUCAGCAGUGCCAGCUCGUGGCGAAAGCAAUCAUAUACUGUAUUACUUGAAAGCAUGUCUUUUUUUUCAUAAUGUUAAGAGGUUGAGUCACACAUGUGAGUCAAACACAACUGUCAAAAAAUAAGUGUAUUAAAAAUGUUUUGAUGUUUUGUUAUUUGACUUUAUUACAGAUUAUAUUAUGGUUGCUGCUGUUGUUUAUGCAUGUCUUGUUUUUUUGCAGUAUUUAUUCUGUGUCUUGAGGGACUGUGGGGACAAAAUAUUUGUCACUUUAACACAGAGCUUAUAAUAACACUUUCCUGUCAUUUCAAACGUUAUAAAGAGACUAUCUGCUGAAUUUAUUCUUUGCGAGACUCAAUGAAUUGACCAAAAUCAUACACGCAUCACUAUAAAUAUUAUUUCCAGAUUCUCACUGUAUUAGUGAAAUCACAGUAUGUCACAUUAACAACAAAUUAUCACUCAUGCAUCCUAGAAAUAGUUUGACAUGGUUUCCCCCUGCAGACUUGCGUUUGUUAGGACAACACAAUGCAAUACAUACCUGACAACAGGCGUCAACAAAGAUCGUCUGUGUUCAAGAAGAUGAAUCACUCACUUCUUUAAAACGAGUUAUGAUGUGUGAGAGUGUUCGCUUUGGGACUGAAGCUUACUUUCCUGCAGUUUCAACAAGUGGUCUGGUGUGCUGCAAACCUGAAGUAAUUGUGUUUAAUUGGGGAAUUAUUUUUUAUUAUUGAGCAAUCUGCCAGGUGUUUUCUGGAUUAACUCAUAAACAAAUGAUGUAUAAAAUAGCAGAAAAUUGCGAAAACGACAAUAAGGUGUGCUUUAUCUGCUUAAUCUAACAAAAUAUUCAAGAUAUUAAGUUAACUGUCACAUAAAACAGAAAGUUAACAAACUCAACACAACUGGAAAUCUUAAUGUUUCGCCUCGUUGCAUAAAAAUAAAUUAAAUAUCUGAAAUAAAUUGAAACGUCUGAAUCUUAAGUUUCAUGAAAUACUUUACGACUUAAAACUCUAAACUAAAGUUUUCCCUGA